GGUGCAAGAUGCCUGCAUCACAGGCUGGCUUUGGAGAUGUAUUCCUUGGGAGGAAUGUCAGUCUGCCACCUGGAUAUCACAUAUCACUUGUGGGAUGUCCACCUGGGGUACAGCCGCCCCCUCACCUUGCAGCUGUUGCUGGGCUCCCUUUAACCUACCCUGGACUGGGGUACAACUUCUUUCCUUACCCUCACUCCAGACACAUGGGCCACUUGAGCAACUCGUUGGAGCUGAAGGCCGCAGCCCCGUUCCAUCACGCCAUGCUGGGUCGCGGUGGGCCCUUCUACCCCCCGUUCCGCCCCGUGGUCUCCGAGGACCCCGGCCGGGUGGCCAAGGUGGCGAGCCGCGAAAACACCGGGGCGCUGAAGGCCUGGCUGAAUGAGCACCUGAAGAACCCGUACCCCACGAAGGGCGAGAAGAUCAUGCUGGCCAUCGUGACCAAGAUGAGCCUCACCCAGGUGUCCACGUGGUUCGCCAACGCCAGGAGGCGCCUCAAGAAAGAGAACCGGGUGAGCUGGGCGUCCAAAGGCAAGUCAGAUGAGGAGGAGGAGGAGGAGGAUGAAGAGGAGGAGGAGGAGAGUGAAGGCGAGUGCUCCCUUCAUAAGGACCACAGCUCGGAUGGAGAGGACGAGAUCGACCCGCAGACCGUGGACGAAGAGCGCGAAAGCGGAGGCGCCACGUCGAGCUCUGAGCGGCUGCAAGAGGAGGCGCCGCCAGGGGGCGACAAAAGCGCGUCGGGGUCCGCCCCGGACGAGCGGCGGCAGCAGCAGCGCGUAACGUCGAGCGUGGAGUGCGCGCGAAUGGCGGACGCUCAGAAGCCCCGAAUCUGGUCGCUCGCGGAGACGGCCACGUCGGACACGGCCAGCAGCAGGAGAAGCGGCGCGGACGGCCGCGGGGACGCGGAACCGCGGUGGCCCGAGUGGGGCUCCGCGCACGGACUGCGCGUGCACGCGUGUUUCUCCGCGCGGCAGAGCGGCGGCGCCUCCGGCUCUUAACGCGCCGGACGCGGGACGUUCGCAGUUCGGCGUCCUUCACGUCGACGUGGUUUAAAACCAAAGAUCGCGAACGAUCGUGAACUUCACGUGUCCCUGUAAAUAGGUGUACAUACACACGCCCGGCCCCUUAUAGUGUAAACUGUCUGUCUGUAAAUUAUGAACUGCUUCUUUCGCUCGAAAUUCGCUGACGUAUUUUCGUAAAGUUAAUAAAGUGCUUCAUUCUAU